AUGCUUUCUUCUACGGCUUGCUUAGGUGCAGUUCAUAAAGAAUGUUCAUUCAGUGGAAAUUAUGAAGACGAACAGAAUGUAGUCAACGACAUCUCUGGAAAAGAACUAGCCGCAGAACAGAAUCGUCAAGCAGCUAACGAAAAAGAGUGCAAAGCUCGACAAGCUAAGGUCGAGAAGGAACGUGAAGAAGCAAGGCAGAAAAUACGUGAUAAAUAUAACAUUCAGAAGAAAGAUGAUCCACCAAUCACAGAUAAGAACCAAGAUCCAGGAAAAAUAAAUGAUCUGAUAACUAGAAACUUGAAAAAAUUAAUCAGUCCAAAUCUCAAGGUGAAUUCAAUUUUCUCAUAG